UCUCUCUCUCUCUCUCUUGUUCAAUUUGCGAGUAUGAUAUAUAUUGUACUCUACGAAAAAGUAGCUUAGCUCAUCUGGGUUUUGAUCGAAAGGAUUCAAUAGUUUGAACAUUGGAGGGACGCGCUCAUUUCUUCUUGUUCUUGCCAUAGAUAGAUGACUCAAAGGGAACUGCCCAAAGGUUCUUCUUUAGAAUUUUCAGAACCAAAUUUGAGGAGCAAUAUAACUUUGGGCAUCGACAUCGAAUCGCCGAGAGGUGAAAGGAGCCUGAAAAACCAUCAGUUAAGCACUUCGUGGGAUCAAGUCUCGAGUCCAGUUAGAAGAGAAUUAGGCAGCAGGUCUUUGUCAGGGAUGAAGUCUCCAAGUAAUAAUCAUGAGACUGAUUUAGAAAAUGGGAGGUUAGAGAAGAACACCGAGAAGGCAAUUCGAACCCGAAAAGGGUUUUCCUUACAGAAUCAGGCCCUGUUAUCUGGCAUCGCUUAUUGUUUUUCCUCCUGCGGCAUGAUAUUGGUUAACAAGUAUGUCCUCUCCAGUUAUGACUUUAAUGCUGGAAUAUCUUUGAUGCUGUACCAGAAUUUUGUAUCAGUAGUAGUAGUUUCAAUUUUGAGUUUACUUGGUGUGAUUACAACGGAACCACUCACAUGGAGAUUAAUCAAGGUCUGGUUGCCGGUCAAUUUCAUAUUCGUUGGGAUGCUUGUCACUAGCAUGUUCAGUCUGAAGUACAUAAAUGUUGCAAUGGUCACUGUCCUAAAGAAUGUUACGAAUGUUAUAACGGCUGUUGGUGAAAUGUAUUUAUUCAACAAGCACCAUGAUAACAGCGUUUGGGCUGCUCUUUUUUUAAUGAUCAUUUCAGCAAUAUCGGGCGGAUUCACGGACCUCUCAUUUCAUGCCAUUGGAUACACUUGGCAGUUCUUCAAUUGUUUCUUGACUGCAUCAUAUUCUUUGAGUCUGCGUAGGAUCAUGGAUACUGCCAAACAAGUCACUAAAUCCGGAGAAUUGAAUGAAUUCUCGAUGGUCAUGCUAAACAAUAGCCUAUCAUUACCUCUCGGAAUUUUCCUUGUCAUUGCCUUCAAUGAAGUCGAUUACCUUUUACAAACCCCACUUUUGAGAUUGCCCAGUUUCUGGCUGGUAAUGACAUUCAGUGGAUUCUUGGGUUUGGCUAUCAGCUUCACUUCCAUGUGGUUUCUCCAUCAAACGGGAGCUACGACGUACAGUCUUGUAGGGUCUCUGAAUAAGAUCCCUCUGUCUGUUGCCGGCAUUCUGCUUUUCAAAGUCCCGACGAGCUUGGAAAACUCGGCUAGCAUAUUAUUUGGAUUGUUGGCGGGUGUGAUGUUUGCUAGGGCAAAAAUGCGUUAAGACAGUCAGCCAGCAACUUUAGAGAGAGAAGGGGGGAGGGUUUGCCUUUUGUCGUUCAAAAAGCCACAAGAGUUUCCCCUUUACCUUCUUACCCGUCGUUCGCACUCUACAUUCAACUGCUCUAGCUGCCGAUCCAAACUUCGACGCGGAAGAAUCGCACCAAAUUUAUCCUAUUGUGUAUCAUCUG